AUGUCGAUUACAAACCCUGCAUUUUGGGAACUUCAAUCUGUCGGCAACAAAAAGAUUAAUCCGCCAAGUCCACCCGCUUCUUUACGUAGCGGGAGUUCUUCUGAUGCCGAUAUUUCUCCAAUAUUGAGUCCAUUGAGACCACUACACGGACCUCUUAACAAUUACAACAAUUAUAGUAGACCUUCGCCAAUAGAACCUAGAUCGUCGUGGUCCAUCCCGAAUGUAUCAUUGAUUCCACAACAAACUUCAAGUCUUCGUGAAAUUUUUCAUUCACCAUUGGAAGCUGCCAAUCGUCGUCAUUUACCGCCACCA